AUAACCGGAGGUCAAACCCACCUUAGGACCCAACCGGAGCCGGAUUCACUGUUACACUCUGCUGCUCUCCCAUUUCUGCUUCUUCCUCGUUGAUCGCUCUCCCAUCUUCAAUUUUUAUUAUGAUUUACAGAUUAUGGUAUAGGAUUUUCAACUUUUCACCACUUCAAGUUUCUUCCUUUUUUUUUGCCUUUUGUUUUUCCCCCUCUGGGUUGGUGAGUCUUCUGGGCGCGGGUGGUUGUUGGAGGGGUUUGAGAAGAAGUAGAAGCAAGCUGCCUGCGAGUGAUAGUUCGCAGAUAAUCCAUUGUUUUCACAUUUCACUUUUCUCCCUCAAAUUGUAAUUUUCAUUGCUACUAUAGUAUUGUCUCAGUUUUCUCAAAAUUUGAAAUUUCCCUUUUCCCUCUGUCUUCCGUCCACUGAAGAAAGAGAAAAGAGACGAGGCCCAGAAAGCGAUACCCAUUUGUUUUUUCUUUAUCAGAGAUUUGAAGAAUCAAAGCUUCUGAUUGAGUGGGUGUCUCUAAUUGUGAUUAUUACAGAAAUAUAUAUGCAUUAACACACGCAUAUUUGAGAGGAAGAUGGGAAUGCUUGGAUCUUCGGGUCAGCCCUCAUAAGAGACAUGGUGGAUCGGCGAAGCCUAGUGUCUGUUGGGUUCUUAUUCUCGUUGCUGUUUCAGUUCACAUUUGAACAGAUUGUGCCAUUGAGUUCAAACAUAGAGCAAGCUGCACUUUUUGACCUUAGAUCGUCUCUGGGCUUGAGGAGCAAGGAAUGGCCGAGAAAAGUCGACCCUUGCUCUCUCUGGAAGGGCAUCACGUGCGAGAAUGGUCGAGUCAUUGGGAUCAAUAUUUCUGGGUUUAGAAGAACCCGUCUUGGGAAGCUAAACCCGCAAUUUUCAGUCCAAGCCUUAGCCAAUUUUACUCUCUUGCAGUCUUUCAAUGCCUCCAAUUUUCUGCUUCCUGGUUCUAUUCCUGACUGGUUUGGCCUACAGCUCUCAUCUCUGAAAGUGCUUGAUCUUCGGUCUUGCUCUGUUAAUGGUGCUAUUCCUCCCAGUCUAGGGAAUUUAACGAACCUCACUAGUCUGUAUUUAUCUGAUAAUAGUAUUACUGGGAUAAUCCCUGAUAGUCUGGGUCAACUACUAAGCCUUUCAGUUCUUAACUUUUCGAGGAAUCGUCUUUCUGGAACCAUUCCAGCAUCGUUUGUCUCUCUUGGGAAUCUUUCCUCUAUUGACAUUUCCACCAAUUCUUUGUCUGGCUCAAUUCCUCCUGGCAUUGGGGCCCUCACAAGGUUACAGUACUUGAAUCUUUCCGAUAACAGUUUAAUGGCUUCGAUACCCUCUCAGCUGGGAAAUUUAAGUAGCCUGGUUGACCUUGAUCUUAGUUUUAAUUAUUUGACCGGUGGGGUGCCUCCAGAAUUAAGAGAGCUGAGGAGCUUGCGGAGAAUGAUACUAAGCUACAACACGCUUGAUGGACCUUUGUCAGAGAACUUGUUUCCUACUUUGUCACAGUUGCAGGUUGUUGUGCUGAGACAAAACAAUUUCACUGGUGAUCUGCCUGCUGCACUGUGGUCUCUGCCGAGAUUGAGCUAUCUCGAUCUGUCUGGUAACAAUUUCACUGGUAUGCUUCCAAAUUCUAGUUCGAAUCAGAACACGACUGCUGCUAUGCUUAACAUUUCCAAUAAUAUGUUUUAUGGAAGCCUUAAUCCUAAUAUCAGAAGGUUCAGAGUCAUUGACCUGUCAAGCAAUUAUUUUGAGGGCAAGAUUCUAGAUUUCAUGCUCAAUGUACCUCCAAACACCAACUGCCUCCAAAACGUUUCAAAUCAGAGGACGGCUGGAGAAUGUGCGUCGUUUUAUGCUAAGAGGGGCCUCACUUUUGACAAUUUUGGACGCCCAAAUUCAACUGGACCUCCUGCGACAGAAAGCUCUCGGAAGAGCAAUAGAUAUAAGAUUAUAUUGGCUGGAGUCUUGGGUGGAUUUGGUUUGCUUGUUAUUUUGUUGUUGCUAUUGUUCUUGUUCCUUCUUUGUACUCGUAAGAGGCGUAAUUCAAAUCAAAGAGGAAAUGGUGUGGGCCCUGCUCCUCCUGGGAGCAGUCCUCCAGCUCCUGGCAUGUCAAUCAAUUUCAUAAAUGUGGGAGAUUCAUUUACAAUACAGCAGCUGCUUCAGGCUACAGGUGAUUUCAAUGAUGCAAAUCUUAUCAAACAUGGCCACUCUGGGGAUCUCUUCAAUGGUGUUUUGGAAAGUGGCAUACCUGUAGUCAUUAAAAGGGUUGAUGCGCGUGCAACUAAAAAAGAUACUUUCCUAGUGGAAUUGGACUUUUUCAGUAAGAUUUCUCAUACUAGAUUUGUUCCUCUGCUGGGUCAUUGCUUAGAAAAUGAGAAUGAGAAGUUCCUUGUUUAUAAACAUAUGCCAAAUGGGGACUUGUCAAAUAGUCUCUAUUACAAGAAAUCUACAUCUGAAGAUGGUACUUUGCAGUCAUUGGACUGGAUAACAAGGUUGAAAAUUGCUAUUGGAGCUGCGGAGGCCCUAUCUUAUCUUCAUCAUGAGUGUAAUCCACCCUUUGUUCAUAGAGAUAUUCAAGCCAGCAGUAUACUUCUAGAUGAUAAAUAUGAAGUUCGGUUGGGUAGUCUAAGUGAAGUCUGCACCCAAGAAGGGGAUAGUCAUCAAAGCAAAAUUACGAGGCUGCUAAGGUUGCCUCAGUCCUCUGAUCCAGGCACAUCUGGUUCAUCUACAUCAAAUUGUGCCUAUGAUGUUUAUUGCUUUGGUAAAAUAUUGCUUGAGUUGGUGACUGGGAAGAUGGGAAUUAGUGCGUCCAGUGAUGCUGAAUUUAAGGAAUGGUUGGAUCAGAUGCUGCCGUACAUUAGUAUUUAUGACAAGGAGCUUGUCGCGAAAAUCGUGGAUCCUUCUCUGGUUGUAGAUGAGGAUUUCUUAGAGGAAGUGUGGGCUAUUGCUAUUGUUGCAAGGUCUUGCCUAAAUCCUAAACCUUCAAGACGACCCCCCAUGCGAUAUGUUCUCAAGGCUUUAGAAAACCCCUUUAAAGUUGUGAGGGAAGAAGGUGCCGGUUCUUCACGGCUUAGAACAACCUCUUCUAGAGGCUCUUGGAAUGCUGCUUUGUUUGGUAGUUGGCGUCAGAGUUCAUCUGAUGUAACGGCAAUCCCAGCAGCUUCUGGUACCAAAGUGGAAGGAGGGAGUAGUUUGAAGCAUUCUGGAACUACCGGCUCACAGGGUAGUGGCCACAAUGGCGGUGGUUCAUCAUCCCGGAGGCGACAUUCAAGUGAAAUAUUCCCAGAGCCAUCUAACAUACAGGACAUAGAGAGGCCAGAGCAGUAAUAGCUGAAGGGUCAAAGACUCAUGACUCAGCAGGGUUUCUGGUCUGGUUUGCUGGUCCAAGGAUGCCUGUCUGCCAUCACAUUCUUUUUGGUUGGAAUUGGCACAUGUUGUAAAUUUCUGCGGAUAAAGUGAGGUUUAAAUUACUUUAACAUGAUGUCUUUUGAGGCGGGGGGGUUGUCUUGUUUUUUUUCAGUGGGUCAGGUGGAAAGGUAGGGAGAGCAAGAAGGCCAAGUGCAGUUGGAUUCUCUUUAACUGCUUAUUUUGGGUAGAGGAGCUCACAAAACACCCCCCCCCCCGGGGGGUAAUUGAUUCUUUCUUUUUCUUAGUUUUUUCUUAUUUUUUCCCCAAAGCUUCUUACUUUGUGCCCCAGUUCUCUCAUGGAGUGUAAAUUUGAAUGAUCAGAUUUCUUCAUUCAGAUCAGAGUUGUCAUUGUGGGAGGCAAAGAAAAGGAAAGAAUGAUGAGAAAUGAGAAAGAAAAUAAUUUAUACUGAUU